AAUCAACAUUGGAUUGUUUUGACUUUUGCCCCUGCAAUCUUGGAUCAGUAAAAUUUUUAAGGGUCCCCAUUGCACAGAUGGAGGUUUCAGCAUUCGGAUCACACUUUGAAAUCUGUUGCUCACACACACUUCGUGAAAUGAAACCUAAAUUGAAAAAGAAGCCACACAUCAUUGAGAAACGCGGAAAGAGAUUCUCUUCUACUUCACUUUUACAUCUACACAAUAGGACUCAUACUAGAGUGAAAUCACAUGUAUGCAGACAGUGUGGAAAGAAAUUUUCUAGUUUGUUUAACCUUAACGCACACAUGGUAGUGCACACUGGUGAAAAGCCAUACGAAUGCAGUGAGUGUGGAAAGAAGUUUGCUCGAUCUGGUGAUCUAAAAUGUCAUAUGAGAAUACACACUGGUGAAAAGCUAUAUGAAUGCAGUGACUGUGGAAAGAAGUUUUCUCAAUCUGGUGGUCUAAAACGUCAUAUGAGAAUACACACAGGAGAAAGGCCAUAUGAGUGCAGUGAGUGUGGAAAGAAGUUUGCUCGAUCUGGUGAUCUAAAAUGUCAUAUGAGAAUACACACUGGUGAAAAGCUAUAUGAAUGCAGUGACUGUGGAAAGAAGUUUUCUCAAUCUGGUGGUCUAAAAUGUCAUAUGAGAAUACACACAGGAGGAAGGCCAUAUGAGUGCAGUGAGUGUGGAAAGAAGUUUACUCAUUCUAGUGGUCUAAAAUAUCAUAUGAGAAUACACACAGGAGGAAGGACAUAUGAUUGCAGUGAGUGUGGAAAGAAGUUUACUCAAUCUCGUAGUCUAAAAUGUCAUAUGAGAAUACACACAGGAGAAAGGCCAUAUGAAUGCAGUGAGUGUGGAAAGAAGUUUACUCUAUCUGGUGAUCUAAAAUGUCAUAUGAGAAUACACACAGGAGAAAGGCCAUAUGAAUGCAGUGAGUGUGGAAAGAAGUUUACUCAAUCUGGUGGUCUAAAAUGUCAUAUGAGAAUACACACAGGAGAAAGGCCAUAUGAAUGCAGUGAGUGUGGAAAGAAGUUUACUCAAUCUGGUGAUCUAAAAUGUCAUAUGAGAAUACACACAGGAGAAAGGCCAUAUGAAUGCAGUGAGUGUGGAAAGAAGUUUACUCAAUCUGGUGGUCUAAAAUGUCAUAUGAGAAUACACACAGGAGAAAGGCCAUAUGAAUGUAGUGAAUGUGGAAAGAAGUUUGCUCAAUUUGGCAGUUUAGGUAUUCAUUUAGGAUCACAUCGAAGAGACAAGAAAUAUUAUUGUGAAUGUUGUGGAGGAGGGUUUGACUCUUCUGCAGGAGUUAGAAGACAUCAGAAAGUUCACACUCGAGAAGACACAAUUGCAAAGAAGUCCAUAGAUUUGAUAUCAUCUGCAAGCACGUCUCAAUCCAACUGCAGUAGUACUCAUUUAUCUGCUCAGACUUCUGCAAUGUUUAGUGACAGAAGCUUAUUCGCAUUUCUAUACAUUCCUGCCAACCGAGUUCGCAGUUCAUCUGCUAUUUUCUCUAUGUUCCACCAUCCCAACAUAGCUGUGACAUAUGGUGUGACCGUGUCUACUGGUAGUGAUAUGUUGGUAAUUGAGAAAGUUUUAACGCCUUUAUCUUAUUUGCUUGUUGAUUCGAAAGCGAAUGAUGAAGUGAAUGUACGAGAGAGAGUCAAUAUUUCUUAUGGCAUUGUUAGUGCAGUAGAUUAUCUCCAUUAUCAACUGGGACUCAAUCAUGGUUACAUCAACAUCCACAAUGUAUUUCUCACAGUUCGACUGUGUGCCAAACUGUUAGAUCCGGUGGCAUCUUGUCUCAUGCAUGAUAGGAUAUGUCAACCUGUUGAGUCGUAUGAUGAUGAUCUACAUCAACUAAUCUGUCUCCUCAUCAAGUUGUAUGACUCAUAUUCACAAUUUUCAUCUGUUUGUCGUCGUUUAUCCAACAUGAUCAGUUGUGAUGAGAAUAAGUCAAGGGAAAUGUUUGUGUCUACGACAGAGCUACUUGAGUUAAUUGAUGAAUUGAGACAUACUAGAGAAUACACUUGUGGCUCACGCAGACUUGAAAUAUCAUGGAAAACUAGGGUUCGUUGAAUUGAGUUCGUUUCUGUUUUAUCUGAUAAGAUCGACUGUUGACUGGUUGUGUUUGAAGUUGAAGCUUAGUAAUGCAUUGGUGGAAGACAUUGUUUGCGUAUGAAUUACCAAACGUUGGUAGAGGAUAC